UGUGUGUGUGUGUGUCAGAGAUAGAGGGAGGGAGUUACAGCGAGACAGACCAGAAUAACGAGACAGAGCAUACCUGCUGGAGCUAGUCUGCAACUUUGUGGCGCUUUGUUUACAAUGUUAGACACACCGUGACUUUUCCCCCCCAUUCCGUGAAAUAUGAGUCGUAGACAAAAUAUGAGAGUUUACAGCUAAAUUACGAGCCAUUAUUUGAAAUUCUUAAUUUUCAGACAAGGGGGGGAAAAAAACCUGGUCCGCAAUGAACGCGUCUGCAGGGACGGGGGUGUUUGUGCUCUCCUUGAUGUCCAUCCCCAUCUGCUAUAUCUUCAACUCCCUCAUUUACAGCAACAGUGCUGAAGCUUUCUUCUUCGCUGGGUGUGCCGCAGUCAUCAUCCUGGCCAUUUCAGCACGUUUUAUGCUCAAGAAGAAGACUCCAGCCGAUCCUCUUUUCUAUGUGUAUGCAGUCUAUGCAUUCCUCAGUGUGGUGAAUCUGAUCAUCGGGCUGGAGCAGGACAACAUCAUUGAUGGAUUUGUGACGUUUUACCUCAAAGAGGCAGAUCCGCAUAUUAAUACCGCACAUGGGCACAUGAUCUCCUAUUGGGACGGCUGUGUGCACUAUCUCAUGUAUUUGCUCAUGAUCGCUGCGAUUACGUGGGGGGACAGUUACCGAGCCAUUGGACUCUACUGGGUAGGAUCUUUUCUCAUGCGUGCCAUAGUCUACAUUCUUGGGAACGCUGUGGGGAAGUAUGGCACCCAAAUCAGUCCUUUCUUCUUCCUCCACAUGCUGUAUAUCUUAGUGUCUGUCUGGGCUUGUUUCCGUAUCUUCAGCCAACCCUCCACACAGGACAUUCAGUUGUCAAGCAUCCAGGAGGCUCAGAGGACAAGUUUGCUCAACAGACCUUUGGACUUAAUGUUUAUUAUCUACCUCAUCCCUGCUCUGGCUUUCUGCGUCUUCAGAGGACUGGUUGUCCUGGACUGUCCCGGUAUAUGGUGUCAGGGCUACACACAGCAGUAUGAACCUUACCUGAAAGACCCUUCAGCCUACCCUAAAAUACAGAUGCUGGUGAGCAUGCUGUACUCUGGACCGUACUAUGUCAUUACUCUCUAUGGGCUGUUGGUCCCAGGAUGUGAGUGGAUGCUGGACCUGACUCUUAUACACUCAGGGGCACUGGCACAGGCCCAGUUCUCUCACAUCGGUGCAUCUCUUCACACACGGACGCCGUUCUCCUACAGAGUGCCUGCUGACAGCCAACCUGUCUUCUUGUUGGUCAACCUGCUGUACGCUCUGCUGCCUCAGGCUCUGUGCUACCGCUGCUCCACCACGCCCGCCUUCUUCCUCAGGCCCAAGCCAGACAAGAAAAGUGAAUGACAAAGAGUGUCUGGGAUGUCAAGGAUGCCUGGAUAAAAGGCUGAAAUACUUGCUAAGGACCACUCUGUGUUUGCAGUUGUUAGCAGCUGCUAUAUUUGGAGAAGGAGCUGCCACCUGCAACCUUGCGUGGGCCUAAAAUACAAAAUAUUCCAGUGUCAAACAGAGUUUAUGUCAACUGGUAUUUAUAUUCUGCUGUUUACUUUGAAAAUAUGCACAUGAAUUAAAAUUAGGGCUGCAACUGAUAAUUAUUUUCAUAAUUGAUUAAUCGAUUAAUUGUACACUCAACAGUCCAAAACCCAAAGAGCUGGGGAAUGUUUGACAUUUUUGAACAGUAAAUGACUAAAACAAUUCACCAAGUAUAAAAAUGGCUGGCAAUUAAUUUUCUGUCUAACUGAUUAAUCGAGUUGUUGCAGCAAUAAUUACAAUAUUACAGUUUUUCUCAAUUGCUUUGGCACAUUUCUCUCUUUAAAGUUGUCAGCACUGAAGAUGUAUUUCCCAAAACAGCUCAUACGUGCAGCAAAACACUAUAAUUAACCUGCUAAAGGCUGUAUCUCACCCAAACCAUUAAUUCAUGUUUCCAAAUUAAGCUAUUGUGGCAAUGAAUAAAUAAUUGCCACUAAAAUGACACAUUCUGUAAAACCAAUGUGGCCGAAAUGUGUAGAUGUUUUGUCAGAAGGACAGUGGACUCUGGAAGUGUGUUCCUCAUCUCCUCAUUUACUAACAGUCUCAUCCAUCAUGUUUUCACUGACACUGAAUGCCUACUCUACCAGACUGACACUAACUGACUGCUAUUGUGUAUCAAAGUGAACACUCUUCAGAUGCUGAUUUCACCAGUAAAAGGUUUCACAUUCCACUUUUUAAAGCAAAAGAGCACUAAGAUUUGCAUGUAAUGUGAGGAAAAAACUUUUUUAUUUUCCUGCAGUGGUCUCACAACACAGUACAAUACAGUAAACUGAAAAAUAACUGAACGCUGAAACAACACAUAGGCCUACUAUAUGCAGUAGUAUAGUAACAAAAUAAAGUUGCAGUGCUGGGAAUCAUGGGACAUCCUGUCGACCUCAUGCCUAAUGUUCUCCCUUGUAAUGCAGCAGGGGAAGAAUCGUCUUGUAACCAUCCUCUGCACGCUUCUGCUGUUAUGUCUUCACAAGCAGCAUCCAUUACAGCAAGCAAAGACAUUUAAUUUUGUGGUCAUUGAUUGUACACUUUACACCUCUGAUGCCCUUGUCCAAUGUUCAUCUCAGCAGGCUCCUCCAUGUUCACAAACAGUUGUAACUCUGCUGCCCUCAUGUGUUUUACACUCAUGACUUACACCUGUAAGCUAACUGGACAAGCAACUGCCAUUGGUUGAACAAAGAUGUGUGAAAUUCCCCAUUCGUAAAAGAAGUUCGAGUUUCAUCUGACAACAAAUUUAUCAAUUAAGCAGACUUCAUGACCACUCCUUUAUGACAAUUAGAUGGACUAUUCUGCAUGUGAUGACUUACACAAUUUUUGAGAGUAAAACAGCUGAGAAGAAACAUAAUCUAUUUUGAUCUCAAAGACAAAUACAACCAAUAAUUGUUCAAAUUGUUGACAAUUGUACAGUCAUUUGCCUAAAUGUGCUAAAACAUUUGUAAAUAGUAACAAAAAAAUGAGAAAUGCUCUUUUUGUUGUGCACAAGCAAUAAAAUGUUGUGAAGAAAUUCA